UAGAAAAGUUUUAUGUUUUCUUACCUUUUUAAGACCAUUAAAUUUGCUCAAAUGCAUGUAUUUGUCAUAACAUAUAAAACAAUUUAGCAUCUUCACCAAAACCUAGCGUACCGGUACACGUUUUCGCAAAUAUGAAAGAUGUUUUAGUCUCCACAACAAGUCUUUUUAUGAACUGAAAGUUUAGCUGUCAGCGAAACGCAAGGACAAUUUAAAAUCUUCAACAAAACUCUUAAAAUGUUUUUAUCAUCAUCCAAAAUAAUUAGGUCUUCAAUCACCCAAUGUACAUUUUCCUAAACAUCAAAGAUGAUUUGGAGUAUUCAACAUGUCAUGUAUAGUAUGUAAAUUCAUUUAGAAAAAUGAUCAAAGGAUAUACUAUGUGUGUUAUCAUAAACAAACGGAGAAUAUUUUCUGAGCCGCUUAUCCUCAAUUGGGUCGCGGGAGUCCCGGAGCAAAUCCGAGCUAACUUCGGGCAGGAGGCGGGGCGCAACCCUCAACUGGUUGCCAGCCGAUCGCAGUGCGCAUGUAAACAAACAACCGCUUGCACUCACAUUCCCACCUGCAAGCAAUUCGGAAGCUUCGUUGAACUGACCGUGCGUGUUUUUGGGAUGUGGGAGGAAACGCGGAGCACCCGGAGAAAACCCACGCAGGCCUGGGAUUUCUAACUGCUGUUAUUAACUGCUUCUAUCUGUUCUAAAUGCUAGAAGACUCUGCAUCCAUCCAUCCAUCCUGGAUCCUGUCAUGUCAUGUCAUUAUCCAAGCUGCUUAUCCUCACAAGGGUCGCAGGAAAUCUGGAGCCUAUCCCAGUUAACUACACACUGAACUGGUCGCCAGUCAGUCGAGACCAUCAGUGAGCGGGAAUCGAUUCCGCGCUGCCUGGACCAAAGUCCGGCGUGUGUACCACGACCCCAUCAGAGACUCCUUCCUCUGCAGAACUGGGGGAAAAAAAAGGGAAGUUGAGUCACCACGUCAAAGGUCCGAGUGACAGCUUCUCCGGCCCGCCCCCCUCCCCUCACCGAAAAGGGGUGGGGGGGCACGCACAGCAGGUGGUGCAGCAGAGGAUCACGGACAUGGGAUUCGAUAAUCUCCACUUGUCUGACUUGCGCAGCGGGAUAAGGAGAACCACAUUUGGGGGAAAACUCAGGUGUCAACCGGCGCCGUCGCCAGCCGACGUCCACUGAAUAAUGAUGGACCGCCAGUGACGCAUCGAGUCAAUCUCAGGCGUGCUCGGGCCAAAGGUGUCAUGGAGACGCUCCCGUCUCGUCCCGUCUGGAAUCCGUCCCCGACGGCCGCCAAACUGUCGGCUUUCCUCCGUCAGCAUUGAGGAUCGGGGCCCCGCCCGGCCGACGAGCUCGAACCAUGUAGCGGCCGCAGGUGAUCGGGCGCAUUCCCGCGGCAGCCGCUAUGGAAGUGGAGACCACCUCCCUGGUGUGGAUUUACGUCAACGUGACGGUCAACACCUCCGACGGGUUCAACUCCACCGAGAGCUCGGACAAGUCUUACGCCAUCGGGCUCUUCCUGUCCUGCCUCUACACCAUCCUCCUCUUCCCCAUCGGAUUCAUAGGCAACAUCCUGAUCCUGGUGGUCAACCUCAACCACCGUGAGAAGAUGACCAUCCCCGACCUGUACUUCGUCAACCUGGCGGUGGCCGACCUGAUUCUGGUGGCCGACUCGCUCAUCGAGGUGUUCAACCUGAACGAGAAGUACUACGACUAUGCCGUGCUGUGCACCUUCAUGGCGCUCUUCCUGCAGGUCAACAUGUACAGCAGCAUCUUCUUCCUCACGUGGAUGAGCUUCGACCGCUACGUGGCGCUGGCCGGCUCGGCGGGCUGUGGCCCGCCGAGGACCAUGCGCCACGCCAAGCUCAGCUGCGGCCUCAUCUGGAUGGCGUCCAUCUUGGCCACGCUUCUGCCCUUCACCAUCGUGCAGACGCAGCACCGCGGCGAACUCCACUUCUGCUUCGCCAACGUCUUCGAGAUCCAGUGGCUGGAGGUGACCAUCGGCUUCCUGCUCCCGUUCUCCGUCAUCGGCCUUUGCUACUCCCUGAUCGUCCGGAUCCUCAUGCGGGCGCAGAAGCACCGCCGGCUGUGGCCCAGGCGGCAGAAGGCCUUGCGGAUGAUCGUGGUGGUGGUCCUGGUCUUCUUCAUCUGCUGGCUGCCCGAGAACGUCUUCAUCAGCAUCCAGCUGCUGCAGGUCACGGCCGACCCGGCCCGCAGAACCACCGCCACGCUGUGGCACGACUACCCGCUGGCGGGCCACAUCGUCAAUCUGGCCGCUUUCUCCAACAGCUGCCUCAACCCCAUCAUCUACAGCUUUCUCGGGGAGACCUUCCGGGACAAGUUGAGGCUCUUUGUCAAGCAGAAGGCCAGCUGGUCGGCCGUCGGCCUCCGUUUGGGACCUCCGGUCAGGACUGAGGUGUCAAAGGUGUGAGGACAAGAGUGGGAAACCGUACUUUCCACUUCCAUCCAUCUAGUAACCUGCUCACCUUAUGAACAAAAACCCAAAGACAGAAUCCUGUACACCAAACCAUUCGUCAUUCUAGCACUCAGAUAGACUGUUCCUAAUUUUCGGGCUUUCGCCGCAGAGACUCGUACUUUUCCUAAAAUGAUUUACUUCGGGUCGACACGGGGGAGAUGUAGAACGUUUGCCUCCCCAGGUCUGAGAGUUGGUUUUCAACUCCGGGCUACCGACUUCCUUAGAGGAAUUUGCAUGUUCUUCGUGUGCUUGUGCGGGUUCUCUCCGGGUGACUCAUCUUCCUCCCCGCAUAUCACAAAUUGAAGACGCUAUUUCGUCUGUAGGUUGCGAAUGGGGGUGUGAAUGCUCGUCUUGUCUAUAAAUUCCCCGCGAACGGCCGUCAACCGAUCCAGGCUUUACCCGACUUCUCUCGCAAUGGCAACCGAGAUGGGCUCCGGCUCACCCGUCACCUUAAUGAGGAUAAACGGUAUUAAAAAUUUCAUGGCUGGAUGAAAUUUUUUAAACCCCACUUAUGCAGAACUGGGGGAAGAACUCAAGCUAGCAAUUUACCACCGACAGACUCGGUCAUAGAGGUCUCAGAGAGGUGUGACGGGAACUCUUAGAACUCCGGCAUGGCCAACGGCGUUGAUGUUUUUUGGUUUCGGCCAUCCACACGGAAUCACGCUUUUCCCCCCUGGAUGAUUUACUUGGCUUCAGACCCUUUAACAUAGAACGAGAGGGGAAAUGUUGACCUAACAAUUUCCUGUCUGGAGAGGCAGUAGUAGCAGCAGCAGCUCCAUAACAAGCGAGACCUCCGCCAAGGCCAAAACUACUCACGUUUUGGGGUUUUGCCCACUUGGGUGUGCUUCGAAUUUGGCUUUUCCUUGCACAAUUUGCUUGAUUGGGGGUUGGACGAAGUCGACCCAGCAUCUCACCGUCAACGCCUUCCUGACAUCCUCCCCCUUUACUUCUCCCGCCCGUCGUGGUGCAUGAAAUUUACGCUGCCACUGAAGUACUUGUUACGUCACGUCGGAUCAUAAUCCAAAAACGUCAAGCCCUCUGUUUCAACUCUGAUUUGGCAAUUUCGUGGCGGGGGUUUCACUUUACGCCGGAUGCCCUCCCUGACGCAACUGCUUCAUUCAUCUGGGUUCGGGUUUUUUUUUUUCCACCGUCUCUUGUGGAUUCCUGUGGCCUUUUCCCACCAUGAUACAUUGAAAUCUCGUGACUCUGCACCAAAUUGUUUCCCUUGCCGAAAUGUUGCGGGGUGGAAAAAAAAAAAAAAAUCAAGGUAAUCGGUCAAGCAGCUUUUGCACAA